AUCUUACAUGAUUUUAAAUUUGUUAUACUGAACAAUACACUCUUAUUAUAACUAAAUUACUGAGUGAAUAAGUUUCAAUACUAUUUUUUUGUCUGAUCGCAAUAGUUAUUUGACUAUGCAUCUAGGUAAUUGAGUGUGACGGAUCUAUCGUUCCGUAUUUUUAUCCAGUUUAUACAAUCGUCGUGUAUUUAAUUUUGUACAAACAUUCGAACAAGAUGCAUUAUUUUACAUGACAUCGAUACAUCUUCAAAACAAAAUUCGAGGACUCGUAUCUGCGAUCAGACAAUCGUAAUAGGAACAAAGUUAUUUUCAGUCUUCGUCGACUUUUCACUGCCAAAACAAUUCACGAAUUUCACGUGUAUUUUUAGAAUAGAUACAACACCUGGGUCGCGUAUAGCAAUAAAUUUUCUGUCACCCGCGGCAGGUUAUGCUGACGACUUAAUCCAUAGAUGCAGAACUAGAGUUACAAUAACAUCGCUUGGACUGAACGUCAAAAAGUGCAAUUCUUUUCCAAAAACGGAGUUGUCAGGUUACGAGUAUGUGGAUGUCAAAUAUGAAGUUAUAGGAGAUCAGACCCCUCAUGACGCAGGUACACAGGUCAAAUUGUUACUGUUUACGUAUCAUUUACCUGAUCUUCGUGGUAAAUGUCAUAACAAUGAGAUAUUAUGUGCUGAAUCAAAGAGAUGUCUUCAUAGGUCACUGAAAUGUUCAAAAGUGUUUGACUUCUGCGGCAAUAGCACGAACAAUUGCCAGAACCAAACCAAUAUUAAAAGUGCGAAAAUUCGAGAGGCUUCAUUUAGUGGUGUGUAUAUUUUUCUGUCGUGUCUGAUUUUUCUAUUAGGUGUAACAGUUUACAUGUGUUUUUGUCAGGGUGUUCACUUGUAUGAAUGCGUUUGUCACUGCUGUUCAGUUCUAGAGAAAACCGGAAGUGAACAUUUAAGACGGAAUUUUGAAAAUAAUGAUUUGACAAGCCACGGAAACAGAAAUGAAGAAGAUAACGCUGAAAUAACAUCUGCAGACAAUGUAGGCGAUAAUGACAAUGCUAGGGAGAGCGACAAUGUCAGUGAUCAUGAGUCACAAAGUAGUUCUAGAGAAAGUGUUACAUUUGGACUACCACCAAGCUAUUCAUGCCUUGUAAUGAGUGACCAAGGAGAUGAUACCAAUAAUUGUGACAUACAUGUGGAUAAUGCAGUUGAUAAUACAGCAGAAUCAAACAAAGAUUGUGGACAAACUAGUACUAUAGAACUUCCCCCGUCAUAUUCGACAGUUCUUGGGCACGAGGAUGAAUACAGUGUUCGUGUAUUACACUAAUAUUUAAACGUGAUAUCACUAUCAGGUUGAAACACUUGUUAUUCAUUGUAAUUAUGUUGUGUAAUUAUAAUUCCUACACCGAACUUGCAAUUAAAAAUUAUACGUUGAAAGUGCAAUUGUAAAUAAUAUAACAUUGAAAUGUAAUUAUUACUGUAAACUAACUUAUUAUAACUUUUCUAUGGUGUGGCAAGAAAUGAAAAUAA